AUGCAAGUUGUUUGGAAUACAUUAGUUAUUUGUUGUCUAGGAUUUUUCGCCAUAAUUUGUAUUCAUAAUGAAAAUGGUGUUUUCGUGUUAACGAAAACCAUUCUUUCUUACUUUGCCAUAAUGGGUGAAGCUUUUAUCAUUUGUUUUGCCGGAGAACAUCUUAGUCUCAAAGGUAAAUUAAUUGCCAAGGCGACAUACGAAUCGCUGUGGUAUGAUAUGCCGUCACGUCACAGUAAAUUAAUAUUAUUUAUAAUAAUGAGAUCUCAGAAGCGAUUGACGAUCACGGCAGGAAAAAUGAUGGAUAUGUCAUUAGAAACUUUUACAACUAUCAUGAAGGCAUCAGUAUCGUACAUGUCUGUUUUGAACGUUAUGUAUUGAUACAAAUAAAAAUG